AUGGCUCUUUUUAUGAAGCUCCAUUCUUCUCUUCCGAAUUCAAUUUGUACCUCAAUGCUUCUCCGUUUGAUGCUAUUUUUAAUUGUUUCCUGCAAAACGGAGGCUAUUUUGAAAAUUCCACCAAAUGUUUUGUUUCCAGCUGUGUUGGUGUUUGGAGAUUCGAUAGUGGAUACUGGCAACAACAACGAAAACAUACAAACAGCAGCUCGGUGCAAUUUUCUACCGUAUGGGGUAGACUUUGAGGGAGGGAUCCCAACUGGCCGAUUUAGCAAUGGAAAAGUUCCAUCGGAUCUUGUAGUUGAAGAAUUGGGCAUUAAAGAGUUUCUACCCGCAUACUUGGAUCCAAAUCUCCAGCCAAGUGAUUUGGCCACCGGUGUGUGCUUUGCAUCCGGUGGUGCCGGAUAUGAUCCUUUGACAUCCCAGAUAACGGCAGCUAUACCACUAUCCGGUCAAGUAGACAUGUUCACAGAAUACAUAGGGAAGCUAAAAGAACUCGUAGGAGAGAACAGAACAAACUUCAUCCUAGCCAACAGUUUUUUUGUUGUGGUAUUAGGCAGCAAUGACAUUUCCAAUGCAUAUUUUUUGCUUCGAAUUAGGCAACUGCAAUAUGAUGUUCAUGCUUACACCGAUUUUUUGGUCACUUCAGCUUCUAAUUUUCUCAAGGAAAUAUACCAACUAGGUGCACGGAGGAUUGGAGUAUUCAGUGUGCCACCGAUUGGGUGUGUUCCGUUUCAGAGAACAGUGGCCGGAGGAAUAGCAAGAGAAUGUGUAAAAGAAUACAACGAAGCAGUGGAGUUAUUUAACAGCAAAUUGUCCAUGGAGGCGGAUUCCCUUAAUCAGAAUCUUCCAAAUAGCAGGAUUGUUUAUAUGGAUAUUUACUACCCUCUUCUUGAUAUCAUUGCCAACAAUCAAAAAUAUGGCUAUGAAGUCGGAGACAGAGGGUGCUGUGGCACAGGCAAAUUAGAGGUCUCGUUCUUAUGCAACUAUUUGGAAUCCACGUGUCCGAACGUUAUGGAUUAUGUGUUUUGGGACAGUUUUCACCCUACCGAAGCACUUUACAGAAAGCUUGUUCCGCCGGUUCUACAAAAAUAUAUGUACAAGUUCCAGUGA